GGGUUGGAAUCCUAGGAAUAAGAAAGCUUUCUGUUUCGUUUCUUUGAAGAUAAUACAGAGUCGAGAUACAAACCAAGUGUCUUCCUUGUUUCUGUUUCUGAGGGGAACGGUUUCUUUCUCCAGGAUAGUUGCCAAGGCCCCCCCCCACACACACAUGGCCUUCGAGACGAUCCGGAGGGGCCGUGAAAAGCUCCUCACCUUCCUCCAGAGAGCACCUGAGCUCAUCUUGGAUGAUACAGCCGCCCAGGGCUUCAUCUCCGAGGCUGAUUAUGAAGCUUUGGAUAAGCUUCCGAAUCCAAAGGAGAAGAUGCGCAAACUUUUGGUCAAGGUCCAGAUCAAGGGGGAGCAGACCUGCCAUCGGUUCCUAGAAGGCAUCAGGAGCCUCUUUCCAGAUCUGCCGCCAGACCUGUGGCCUCCAGGAAGUGUGUGCUCAGAUCUAAAGCAAGGAGAUGGUUCUCCUGAUAAGGUUUUGGUCAACAGUGGGCCAGAAAAUUCAGAAGCGGAAGCAGUGAAAGUGAAGGAAGAACUAUCAACCAAGGAUUCAAAAGACAAAGAAUUAGAAAAUGUAUCUGGCAUUCAAGAACCUGAUCAGGAAGCGAUGGAGACAGAAAGUUUUGAUGAAGGGGUUAAGAGCUUCCUGAUGAAGUUGGGUCUCCACAAGCGAUGCAUGAAACUCACCAUGGGAGAAAUCUUGGAGAUCAACUCAGAAAGCCUCACACCAGUGGCUCCUCAGACACUGGAAGAUUUACCUCAGCACUUCUUGAGAAAACUAAUGGCUCUCAGUGGGACAGCCAGAAAUACAGACCUUGGGCACCAGGAUGAGGAAGAGUCAAAUGAGGAGGUUGAUAUGGAUGAUGAAGGGUUCUUUUUGAGAGGAAUGAACUCUGAGGUUUCUGUAAACCCCCUUGAUGUCCUUUGUGCUGUCUUGUUCUGCUCUGACAGCUUCCUUCAACAGGAGAUCUUCCUCAAAAUGUCCAUGUGCCAGUUUGCCCUCCCUUUGAUCCUGCCACCUCCCAAAUGUACCUUUAUGCUCUGGGCUCUAAGGGACAUUGUGAGAAAAUGGAGGCCUCACUGCCUGGUAGAGCAGAGAGGCUUUAGAGAGGAUAGCCUGGUGCAAACAUCCAUGCCAACCAUUUCUUUUGUGCGGAUUGGCAGAUCCAGCCUCUCUAAAUCCAGGCUUCUCAAUGAGGUCCUCAGCUCCCCUCAACAGCAUCAUGACUUCUUUAUACACAGGGAUAUGGAGUGCGGGAGUGCUCCACGAGAGAUCAGUGAUGGGCUGGUAGAAAUUGCCUGGUAUUUUCCUGCAGGGAGGGAAAAUUCAGAUCUCUUCCCAGAGCCUGUGGCCAUUACAAAUCUUCGUGGGGACAUAGAGUCACACUGGCCGCAAUUCAGCUUUUUAACAGAGGUUUCAUCAGCUGUGUUCAUCCUUACAGAGAACAUGUCUGACAAGCAAUAUGACAUGCUAGCCACUCUCCAGGGCUCAACAUCUAAAUACUACUUUAUCUUGAACGUGGAUGGUGAGAAAUCAAAGGAAACACUGAAGUUCCUGAACAAACUCGCACCACUGUUGAGCAUGACCAAAUCACAAAUACUGCUGAAAGAAAGGAAUAAAAAUACCACAGAAUUUGUAAAGAAAUUCCGGUCAACCAUAAGGAACAUUGUUAACUCUCCUCAAAAGGUGAUCAGUAUUCAAGAAAUGGCAAAGGUCAGCCAAGAACUGGGGAUCCAGACUGAUGAAGACACAAAGGCCUGCCAGAAUGGCACUUUGCAUGGCAAUGAAAUUAUUGAAGAAAUAGAAGAUGUUGUGGCCUACAAGAAGGAAAUGUUGAAACUUCAAGGGGACUUGUGGAGAAACCUGGCCAAAGUGGAGAAAGAACUGUGCAGGAUGAAAAGGCAAGCUGAUAUGCCAGCUGAAGAUUACAAGGCUCAACUGAGAAAAAAAUUGAUAGCCUUACGCUCACAGCAGAAUCAAUGUGACCUCACUAAUGGAAUAACAAAAUUUAUUAAUGGAAUACAGCAGCUUCACCCAGUGGAGAAAAGUUAUUUCCUGAAAUGGCUGAAGUUCAACCUGGAUUGCACUGCUAGGAAAAACUUGUCAAAUUUAAGAGAACAGUAUAAAGAACUUUACCACACUGCGGGAAAUGAUCCACGACAGCUAGCACAGCUGGAUGAAUUAAUUUCCACCAGUUCGUUAGGUGUGGAACACUUCAUGCGUGAGCUGGGGCAGUUUUAUGAAGCAGAGUACAUGAUGGUAAAGGAAGGCAAGAUAACUGAGGAAUGUAGACAGUUUGUACUUCUGCCAGACAUAGCUGCUGAUCUAAUGCUGGAAGGGUUUCCAAUGGAGUUGAUUGAUGGAGAUGCAUCUAACAUUCCCCUGCAGUGGAUAAUUGAUGUUUUGACUGCACUUCAUUCCAAACUAGGGGGCAAGUCCAGGAUGAAGGUUCUAACAGUAUUGGGUGUCCAGAGCACUGGCAAAUCUACCCUUCUCAAUACUAUGUUUGGACUACAGUUUGCAGUCAGCAGUGGCCGAUGUACUCGAGGGGCAUUCAUGACACUCCUAAGAGUCUCAGAGGAUUUCCAGAAAGAGCUCAGUUGCAAUUUCAUCUUGGUGAUAGACACAGAAGGACUGAAAGCCCCUGAGCUGGCUAAAUUGGAGGACAGCUAUGAACAUGAUAAUGAAUUGGCUACCCUGGUGAUCGGACUGAGUGACAUAACUCUUGUGAACCUGGCCAUGGAGAAUGCCACUGAGAUGAAGGAUAUCCUGCAGAUUGUAGUCCAUGCCUUUCUGAGGAUGGAGGAAACCGGGCACAAACCCAACUGCCAGUUUGUUCACCAGAAUGUCAGUGAUGUUUCUGCCCAUGAUCAAAACAUGAGGGACAGGAAACGUCUCCUAGAGCAGCUCAAUGAUAUGACCAGAGCUGCAGCGAGAAUGGAGAAACAAUUCAGGGAAGUGUCCUUUUCAGAUAUUAUGGACUACAAUCCAGAAAAACACAACUGGUACAUCCCUGGUUUGUGGCACGGAGUCCCACCCAUGGCCCCAGUAAACAUGGGAUAUAGCGAGGGUGUGUCAGAUCUGAAAAGAUCCCUGUUUGAAUAUAUGAAGACUUGCUCCCAAAACAGACGUUCCAAAGACAUCCCCCAGUUUGUAGAAUGGGUGAGAAGCCUGUGGAAUGCUGUGAAACAUGAAAAUUUUAUCUUCAGCUUCCGUAACAGCCUUGUAGCUGAUGCUUACAAUCAACUCUCAGCAAAGUAUUCAGAAUGGGAAUGGGAUUUCCAGAAGGAGAUGCAUCUGUGGGUGUCCAAAGCUGAUACCACAAUUCAAAAUCAGUCCCUAGAAGAUAUAGAGUCAGGUGCAUUAGACAAAUUGAGAUUAGAAGCUGAUCAGAAAUUGUGUGAUGGCCAACAAAAGAUGUUACAGUGCAUACAGAACUAUUUUGAGAGUGACAGAGACAGUCUGCAUCUCAUAGAAAAGUACAGAGAAGAUUUCAUUAGAAGUGCAAAAGGUCUCCGGGAACAGCUGGAAAGCUACUGCAUUAAGAAGUGUCAGCAGGCCUUCCUCAUACGCAAGGGGCAGAGUAAGAUAGAUAGUCUUCAGGCCAAGUAUGUGAAAACCAUGGAAGGGAAGGUAAACAAGCUUCUGGAAGAGUGUAAAAGAAAGAAGUCCAAGUUAAAUUCUUUUGAACUGAAUAAAGAAUUUAAGAAAAUGUGGAAGGAAACCUUGCUGGAGUUGCCACCUAGUAAUUUAACUCGCCGUGAAAUUUAUACAGAUUUCCACUUUCAGCUCCAAAAAGAUCUUGAAGUACGGGGCGGCUUUGCCAACCAACUCUUCCAGAGGCUGCCCUGCUUUUCAGCCCGUCCCAGGCGUCCUUUCACCAUGCAAGAUUGUUAUCUAGAAAAAUCAUUCAUGAGAACAUUAAAAGGUCUGUUAUACAAGGAUUAUAUCCAAGAACUAGAUGAAUAUACCCGAUCCUUGAUUUGCAAAUGUGAGAGUUAUGUCACAGAGAAAGUCAGCACAAAAGGAGACUACGAUGAAACAUAUUGCCGUGAGUUGCUGAGAAUGAUCAAUGAACAGCUUCAAGGAAAAGAUUUUCGAAACCUUCACACUACCAUUCAUUUUGAAGUGGAUCUGAAAUAUUUCAUUCUGGGAAAAGCAGCUAAUGCUUUUCAGAAAAUGCAUACCAAAUUCUUUGAGGCAAACAACCCUCAUCGAUGUCUAGAAAAACUCAAACCUCAAUACUUAUCCACCUUCAAAGACCUUUACUAUGAGAAGGACGCUUGUCAGAAAAGAGCCAAGGAUUUUUGCGAUUUGUGUCUAAAACCAGCUCUUGUGGACCACCUCCACAAGAGACUUGGGAUAGAAAUAGUAGAUGAUCUCCUCAGCAGCGGGCAAUCCCUUCAGUAUGGAAGUAGGAGCUUCUUUCAGUUCACAGUGCAGAAGACAUUGCUUGAAGAGCAAAACUUUGAGGACUAUGUCGAGUACAUAAACAGGUAUGAGAAGUUUGUGAAAUCUUGGAUACAGGCACACCUAUUAGACCAUUACAAAGAGAGAGAAGAGUUAGCCAUCUUGGAGCGAGGAAUCCUGUCUACUGUAAUGAAGAAGGCAAAAGAGGUUCUGGAGAGGCAUGAGAAUGAAACUGAGCCUUUGGCUGAAUUCUUGGAGCAUUUUUGCCAGAAGCUGAGUGAAGAGCUUGUAAUCUCAAAAGACAGUUUGGAUGUCAUCCUCUUCAAUAACACUGCCAAUGCUAAAUCUUUCUCAGCUGAGGUACAGGCCUGUAUCCCCACAGUGAUAGAAGACAUCCUUUCAGAGAAUUUCAAGAUGAGUGUUGAAGCUAUACUUUUAAACCUUCCAUUCAAGCCACAGGAUGAAAUCUUCAAGCGUGUGUUUGGCUGUGGGAAACAGUGCCCUUUCUGUAAAGUCCCCUGUGAAGCUGGAGGUGGCGGUCACCAAGAACACUUCGCAUCAGUCCAUCGGCCUGAAGGGUUAGGCCGGUAUCGUGAUUAUACAACAAACAUACUUGUUUAUUCCUUAUGUUCAUCUAGCGUUAGUUCCAAUGGGAACUUUAGAAAUAGUGACACAGCUGGAAAAUGGCAUCCUUAUAAACAGUAUCGCCAGCACUAUCCUGACUGGCGCAUCCAACCCGAUGCUAGCAUCACAGCCUCAGAUUAUUGGAAGUUUGUGUUCAAAGAAUUCAAUCAGCAGUUUGCUAAAGAAUAUGAUGCCCUCCCUGCUGAUCUCCCUGAGGACUGGGAAAGAUUAACCAAACAGCAGGCCCUGGAAAGCAUCCAAGAAACCUUUAAUAUGAAAUAACAAAGGUUGCCUUUUUCAGCUUGACUCCCAACUGCCUGGAAAUACUGUCUGUAGUUAACACAAAUGACUCUACACCUCUAAACUGUAACGUUAUUGGCAUGGUGUGGUGAUCUCUAGAACUCUGAGCUGGCAUGGAUUUUUCUUGCUGCAGUUCUGGGGGACAGAAAGUGAAAAUGAGCCCAGUAAGCCCAAACUAGACAAUUAGGCUUAAACUGUUUCUGUGACUAAAAAGUUUUAUAAUAACGUAUAGCAGUCACAGUGCCACAAUGGAAAGCAAAUAAUGGAAUGCAAAUAAUCCAAAAUGCAGUGAGUUCUGCCCUCCAUUUUGCCAGACACAGAACUUAUGAAGGAAAAAUCCAGGUGACACUGUUGUAUCUUAAAUAAUCACUGUGAAGAUUAUACUGUAGAUCUGGUUUCCCCAGCAUGGUAGCCAUGGAGUGGCCUCCAGGUGUACCUGGAAGGGGGGCAAAAUGGGUUUUUUUGAGUUUUUGCUGCUUAUGGUAUAACACAGACAGUGACUUUAUGUUAAGGUAUUUUAUGUAAAGAAUCUUUUUUUAUUUCUACAUAAAUUCAUUAGAUAUGUGCCAAAUGAAGGCUGAUACUGCCAGGUGAAGGUUUCUUAGUUAGUCCAAUAAGUAUAUUUAUUUUGUGCGGAAGCCUUUUCAAACAAUAUGUUAAUUCUAAAAGGCAUCCUGUUAAACAUUUUGUGUCAGCAUUCCAAAGGUACCGCAGCUUGGAAAAAGUUUGUGAGCCACAAUAGUUCAACCUGGUAAUAAAAGAAGCCCAAGGACUGAUAUUCCAUUUCAGGCCAUGUGUACCUGGUGUUCCUAAACCAUCACAGCUAUGGCUGUUGGGAAAAACCAUAUCUGAAAAGAGCUGGAAACUGAUUGGAUAAUUCACAGAACAAGACUAUCCAGCUUAUUCAGAAAGUGAAUUAUUAAUAUUAUUUACUGCCAUUCUAUUAAAGUUAAUACGUGCCUGAGAAAUUCCUUACUCUUGUAAUAAGUCACUGAUGUCCUUUGUACCCCAAAACUUGUUUUCCUGGAAUCAACUGUGCAUACAGAUGUCCCUAAAUUCAUACCUGUUCUUUUGAAUAGUUACACUCAUGAAUAAGCAGGGGCAGUGCACUCUCUUUCCUGUGGGCUUUUUUCAAAUGUUUGCAUCUGUUCAAUAAAUAACUUUAAUUUGUGCA